AUGCUUAAAUCAUUCAUCAAUCAAGAUAAUUCCUUCUUAAUCGAAAGUGAACGAGCAGUUACCACAACCACAACCACAACCGCCAAUAAUUCUAACAACAACGUCCUCAAAAGAUCUUCAUUAUCAAAUGUUUCCACUUCCAUUAGACUACCUUCAUUCGGAUUACGCGAUGAAAAGAAACGCAAUAAUUUUUUAAAAGUCUGUAGUUGGCCAUUUAGUAAGAUGGAAAGUUUACCUGAAUUACCCCAACAACAACAGCAACAACAACCUACCAAUCCUCCAAUUAUUCCUCCACCACCCCCAAAUGAUGAAUAUAUUAGUGAUUCAGAUAACGAGGAUCGAGAUGUAACUAUAAGAAAUAAAACUAUUGGAAUGAGAAGGAAUAAUAAUAAUAAUCAUGUUCAACAUUCGGGGAAUACUCCAUUGGUGGGGAUAAAUCCUUCAUUGGAAAAUAUAAAUCAUAAUUCGGAAAGAUUUAUCAAAGUUUUCAAUAGGAUGACAUCGCGAAAACCCCAAGAGAAUAAUAAUAUCAUUAGUAAGAAACGGGUUAUUGUGUUAACCAAUAUAAUUAAUUCAAUGGGGAUUAAUAGUGUCUUACAACAAGUAUGUGGAGGUCCAUUAGAAAAAAUCAUUAGUUUACCUGAUGGUACUAUUGAAUUAUAUUUCAUAUUUCCAGAACAUGCAAAACAAUUCUAUACAUAUGGAAAAGCAACUGGAUUAUUAAUGGUAAAUGGACAAAAAUUACGAGUUGAAUGGAAAGAUGAAGGAGAAGGAGGAUAUCACCCACAAUUAUCCAAAGCUUUAUUGACAGAUAUAAUUUCUAAUGGAUGUAGGAGAUGUCUUAUAUUAUCAAAAGUUGUUCCGGGGAAGAGGUUACGAAAUGGAGAUAAGAUGUUUUAUCCCGAGGCUGAUAUUCAUUAUUCACAAGAUUUGGAUAUAGAAGAAGUUAGAAGUGAUUUUAGUGAGUUUGGAUAUAUUCUUGAUAUUGGAAGUGUUAUUUCGAGGAAAUUAUGUUUUAGUAUAUUUUAUGAUGAUAUUAGAAGUGCAAUAUUUGCCAAACUUGAGUUGGAAACUAUUGGAAGUGAAUUGAAUUUGAAGUAUAAGAGUUGGUCUGUUUGGUAUGGGAAAGAUAUAACCGAUAGACCAUGCUUUGUUUUAUAA